AUGGAUAUCACUAACCCUGAUGAAGAAGCCUCGUUCAAGCUUGUUGCAUUGCCGUCGCAACGUCGAGGGACGUAUACGAGGUUUUCGGCGCCCCAUCCAGACGACGAUGGUUUGGUAUAUGCAUUAACCAAUGGUGGAAAAGCUGAUAGAAAGGGAAUGCUACGAUACUUCUUUGCCUACUGCCGUGCCGUGAACGACAAAAACCGGAGGAAUAAAGAAGACGUCACAUCUUUCCAUAUAGGGCGUCCGCGAACAGCGUGUCCGCGAACUGGGAAUGUCCGCGAAUAG